AUGUCUGACGCAGACCUUAAGAAGAGUGGGGAAGCAGCCAUCAGGAGCCCUGAAUGUCAUUCGCUUCAAACUCCCAGAAUGGAGCUUCGCAGCCCCUCCAAGGGGAUGGACCGCCCUCAUAACGUCACGGAAAAGGUCACCCAGGUGCUCUCUUUGGAGUCGGACGUAUUACCUGAAUAUAAACUCCAGUUGCCUGAGACAACAUGGUGGAUCCUGCUGCACUACAGUCCUUUCAAGGCUUUCUGGGACUGGAUUAUCCUCAUCCUGGUCCUCUACACGGCCGUAUUUACUCCUUACUCAGCUGCCUUCCUCUUGGAUGAGCAUGUGGAUAUACGUCAGAGGAUCUGUGGCUACACGUGCAACCCUCUGAAUGUGGCGGACCUCAUGGUGGACGUCCUGUUUAUUGUGGACAUUGUCAUCAACCUUCGCACGACAUACGUGGACCAUAACGACGAGGUGAUCACGCAGCCCAGCCGGAUCGCCAAGCAUUACAUCAAAGGCUGGUUCCCCAUCGAUCUGCUUGCAGCGAUCCCAUUUGACCUUCUAAUUUUCAGAUCUGGUUCUGAUGAGAUGGCCACCCUAACAAGCCUUCUGAAAACAGCUCGGCUGUUGAGAUUGGUCCGCGUGGCGAGAAAACUGGACCGAUACUCUGAAUAUGGAGCUGCUGUCCUCUUUUUGCUCAUGUGCACCUUUGUACUCAUUGCCCAUUGGCUGGCCUGCAUUUGGUACGCCAUUGGCUUUGUGGAGAGGCCGUACACGGAGACGGGCUGGCUGGACAACCUGGCUGAACAGCUGGGGAAGUCAUACAACGACAGCGACUCGUCCUCUGGUCCAUCAGUCAAAGACAAAUACGUCACGGCUCUGUACUUCACCUUGAGCAGUUUGACCAGUGUGGGGUUCGGUAACGUCUCUCCAAACACCAACUCGGAGAAAAUCUUUUCCAUCUGCGUCAUGGUCAUUGGAUCUCUCAUGUAUGCAAGCAUAUUUGGGAACGUGUCUGCGAUCAUCCAGCGGCUGUACUCUGGUACCACCCGCUACCACACCCAGAUGCUCCGGGUCAAAGAGUUUAUCCGCUUCCACCAAAUUCCCGGGUGUCUGCGCCAAAGGCUGGAGGAGUACUUCCAGCAUGCCUGGUCUUACACCAAUGGCAUCGACAUGAAUGCUGUGCUGAAGGGAUUCCCGGGGUCUUUGCAGGCAGACAUCUGUUUGCACCUCAAUCGCUCCUUGCUAGAGAACUGCAAAGCUUUCAGCGGAGGCAGCCAGGCCUGUCUGCGGGCCUUAGCCGUGAGGAUCAGGACGGUCCACGCUCCCCCAGCUGACACGCUGAUCCACUACGGAGACAUGUUGGACUCCCUCUUUUUCAUCUCACGAGGUUCCAUCCAGGUCAUGAGGGAUGACGUGGUGGUGGCCGUGCUGGAAAAGAACGACAUCUUUGGCGAGCUGAUCUACCUGUAUGACGAACCGGGGAGGUCCAACGCGGAGGUGCACACCAUCACCUACUGCGACCUCCACCGCAUCCCCCGUGAAGACCUGCUGGAGGUCCUGGAUAUUUACCCCAGCUUUGCUGACAACUUCUGGAGGAAUCUGGAGAUCACUUUUGACCUGAGAGACGCUGAUCAAGUCCCAACGAUAACGACCGAUGAAUCAGGUGAUGACUGCGAAUGUCGCCACAAACCAAGACACAGAAACCAUUCCCUUGAUUGUAGAAUAAGGCCUGAUGGGAUUGAUCAUGAGGACUCAUACCCGCUUCGAUCCUGCCAUCACUCACCACCCCAGGCAGGCUGGGAGGACCUCUGGAGCAGUGGGUCCUCGUCUUCUCAGUCUAGCGAGCAGUUGCCAAAGCCUCACAAUGCCAGAGCAGAGCUUAACCGUCCAGAGGACACCGGGAGGGACUACUCGCCUUCUGCUGUGCAACAGCUGCCCCAGAGCGGAACCUCGGUGGGGAGGGACGCAGUGUUGGACUUGGGCCACCAAGCCUCCUCUUUGAAUGUGGCGGGGAUGUAUCAGUACUGGCCGGGCGGACAGUCACAGGAGUUUCCCAGUCAGGCCUGGCGAUCUUCCUCUGUGCACAACUCAAAUCACCCACCUCCAUUCACAGAGGAAGGGCCCAGUGAGCUGGAGUCACGGCUUGAAGUUUUGCAAUCUCAACUCAAUAGACUGGAGUCACGCAUGACAGCAGACAUAAACGUCAUUCUGCAGCUUCUCCAGAGGCAGAUUGCUCCUGUGCCUCCAGCUUACAGCACAGUGUCAUCCACUACCGUUCCCACAGAUUCAUCUGGCUUAUAUGGGAGUGGGACUCCCGGGCUGCACAGCGAGUUUCCAAUGUCGCCCGUACAGAUGGACGACCAGGCACCCGCGCAGAACCUUGCUGUUGAUCUUGAUGACCUCAAAUCGUCCAAAAAGUCCCAGGAGUCUCUAUCUAGCGGCAUCCAUAUGGCUGCAGCGUCUGACGACACAACAUUCAUGACCCUCACCCCUGACGCUGACACUCACAGAGGGCUGACCGUGCAGUUACCCCAGCCGUCGGUCAAACCUUCCCUCUCGGCCGACGCCUGCCUGUGUGAGAACCUGCGCUGCCCGUCACUGCCAGUCAACCUGGACGCCAUCUCAGAGUGCGCAGAGAUCCAGAAACAUUUCUCAGACCCGGUCCUGCCCGUCACCUGA